GUUGUUUAGUCUUUGUUUCUCGGCCACUUACUCAGACCUGCAUGCUCACCUUUGAUUAUAAGUGCCCAUCGCCGUCUGCGAUCCCACCCAGAUCUGUGAAUCACUUCCUUCGUCGAUUCCUAUCCACCUCAAGGAAGCGACCGAGCGCCCAUCCAAACCGCUGUCCAACGCAAAAGCAUAGGAAGCGAAAAAUGGGCUCCGCUCAAAACCAAGUACAACCCUGCCACGAAGAAGAAGACCCAUGCCUCAAAGCCCUCCUGUACUCUAGCUAUCACGUCUUCCCAGUGAUCCUGCACGCCGCCGUCGAGCUCGACCUCUUCGGGAUCAUAGCCCGGGCCGGCCCCGGGGCCUACGUGUCGCCUGCCGAGGUGGUCGCCCACCUCCCGACCCAGACUCUCGAGUCGCCCGAGAUCAUCGACCGGGUCCUCCGUUGCCUCGCCAGCCACUCGCUCCUCACGUACAAGUCCGAGACGUUUGACGAGGGGAGGACCGUGGAGAGGCGGUACGCGAUAUCACCAGUCGGGAAGUACUACGUCAAGGAUGAGGAUGGCGGCUCCAUCGGCUCGCUCUCUCUCUUCGCCUUCCACCGAGCCACCAUCGACGUCUGGCUCCAAGUCAAGGAAGCAAUGGUUGGAGGAGGCAACUUGUUCCAGAAGGUCCAUGGCAAGACCAUAUUCCAGUACAUGAAGGAGGACUCAACCCUGAACAUGUACUUCAACAACGCGAUGGCCGAUCUCUCCGCGACGCAGACAAAGAAGAUCCUCGAGGUCUACCAUGGGUUUGAUGGCAUCUCGACUCUCGUUGACGUUGGCGGUGGAAAAGGCGCGACCCUUAACAUGAUCGUGUCGAAGUACCCCUCGAUCAAGGGCAUCAACUUCGAUUUGCCCCAAGUCAUCGAACAUGCUCCUCCUUAUCCCGGCGUGCAGCAUGUCGGAGGGGAUAUGUUCGCGAGCGUCCCGGAGGGCGACGCGAUCAUGAUUAAGCGCACAUGCCACAAUUGGAGCGACGAGUCGUGCAUAAAGUUCUUGAAGAACUAUUACGAGGCGCUGCCAAGAACAGGAAGUUGAUCGUGAUGGACUUCAUAAUGCUGGACGAGCCGAAGGAGACAACGGCGUCUCGAUACGUGGAUGCUCAACAACGCCAUGUUGAUCCGGCCGGGAGGGAAGGAGAGGACUGAAAAGCAGUUCGAGUACCUGUGCAGAGGAGCUGGAUUCACGGGCUUUAAGGUCGCUGCCUAAGCUGUGUCUGCAUUGGGAGUGAUUGAGUUCACUAAGUGAUUGGAUGAAACUCGACCUGUCUCUGUUUUCUUUUUCCAGGCGGUCUUAUGUACUAGCAGCAAAUAAGAUAUUGUGGAAUUCAAUGUCUGCAAUUAAGAUUUUCCUCUUCUGGUUUA